GUCUAAAUCAGUGCCAGGGUCCCUCUGCCUCUUCUUUACAGUGCUAGCUCUAAAGUUCCCUGGAUCUAACACUGCUGUGUCGAAGCCUACACAAUAUUAAUGAUGAAACUAGUGCCUUUCCAAAGCUCUCAUCAACUCGUAUGGCUUUUCUGAAAUAAAUGCUUCUUUGGGAGUGCUCAGAAGAGAAAGCCUGAACAGACAUUGAUUUUGGUAAAAGGGCAUUUUCAUUUGCUGACCUGGACCUGUCCUUGUGAGAGGAAAAAAAGGAAAUUAUCAGAAGCCUAUCUUUUUAAAUAUGAUAUUUGGAAAUGCCUUCCAGAAAUAACACCACACAAAAACCAUCAAAAUUAAAAGAGUAUCAACAAAUGCUAAAGGGCACCCACACAGAAAGUAUAGACAGGAUAAAAAUGAAUAGGAGACAAACAGAAAAUUGCUGUGCAAAAGAACAAGAUGCCAUUCUAAGCAGUCCUGAAUCAGAUGAAAAAAAGAGAAAUUAUUCCAAGAAGGGAGAAGAUCUGUCUCGAGAUGAUCUUUUAUUUCUUCUGAGUGUGCUUGAGGGUGAAUUACAGGCACAGGAUGAAGUCAUUGGUGUUUUAAAAGCUGAAAAAAUCAACCUGGCUUUACUUGAAGCCCAGUAUGGCUUUGUAACACCAAAGAAGGUCCUUGAAGCCCUUCAGCGCGAUACUAUACAAGCCAAAGCUACAUUAUGGCAGGAGGAUAUUUAUGAAAAGCCCAUGGGAGAGCUUGACAAAGUGAUGGAAAAACAUAAAGAAACUCAUAGACGGAUGCUGGAGCAACUCUUAAUGGUAGAAAAAUCUCAUAGGCAAACUCUUUAUGAACUAGAAGAUGAGAAAAGGAAACAUGCAGAAUAUAUGGAGAAAAGUGACGAGUUUACUAAUUUACUGGAACAAGAACAAGAAAGGUUGAAAAAGCUUAUUGAACAAGACACAGCAUAUCAGGCAAAGAAAGAGAAGGAAAACACCAGGAAAAUAAGCAAAUUGAAGGAGGAGCUGACAAAACUCAAGUCAUUCACAUUAAUGGUAGUGGAUGAACAAGAAAAGCUUACAGAACAGCUAAACCUCCAAAGUCAAAAAAUCCAAGACUUAACCACCAGUGCAGAACAAGCACAUGAGAAACUAUCACUUGCAGAAACAAAAGCACAAGAAGAAGAGGAGAAAGCUCUCCGGCUGGAAGCUGAGCUUCAAGCCCAAGCCAAUAAGGCUUCCCAAGAACAAGAGGCUACUAUGGCCAAAUUAACCAAUGAAGAAAGCCAAAACCGCCAGCUACGCUUAAAAUUAACAGCUCUUAGUCGACAAAUUGAUGAACUUGAAGAGACUAAUAAGUCUUUACGAAAGGCUGAAGAAGAACUGCAAGACCUGCGAGAAAAAAUAAACAGAGGCGAAUGUGGAAAUUCUACUCUUCUGUCUGAAGUAGAGGAGCUAAGAAAAAGGGUACUAGAAAUGGAGGGGAAAGACGAAGAGCUCAUAAAAAUGGAAGAGCAAUGCAGGGAACUCCACAGGAAGCUAGAAAAGGAAGCCUCACAGAGUAAAAACUUUAAAGUAGAAGUUGACAAGCUGAACAAGAGAAUUAUGGAACUUGAGAAACUAGAGGAUGCUUUCAGCAAGAGUAAGCAGGAAUGUUAUACUCUGAAAUGUAACCUAGAAAAGGAAAAAUUGCUAACCAAGCAGUUGUCACAGGAACUAAAUGGCUUAAAAGCUCGUAUGGGAGAGCUUGAAACCAUUGAGAGUAAAUUGGAAAAAACAGAACUCACUCUUAAAGAAGACUUGAGUAAAUUGAAAACAUUAACAGUAAUUCUCGUAGAUGAAAGAAAAACAAUGAAUGAAAAAAUAAAACAAACAGAAGAAAAGCUAAAUACUGCAAAUACGCAACUUCACCUGGAGCAAAAAAAAGUAAUGUCAGUCACAGAAAAACUGAUCGAGGAGAGUAAAAAGGCACUGAAAUCGAAGACUGAGGCAGAGGAAAAAAUGUCCAGUCUCACAAAAGAAAGAGAUGAGCUAAAAAACAAACUAAAAGCAGAGGAAGAUAAAGGGAAUGAUCUCUCUUCCAAGAUGAAUCUGCUAAGGAAAAAGCUGCAAUCCCUAGAAGCCAUCGAAAAAGACUUUCUCAAAAAUAAACUGAAAGAGACAGCCAAGCCUAGUCCACCUUUACAGCAAGAAAACAACAAAAUUAAAGAACUAGCUCAGGAAAUUGAGAGGCUCAAACACAAACUUAAACAAAUGAAGGCCAUAGAAGAUGACCUCAUGAAAACAGAAGACGAGUUUGAAUCUUUAGAACGAAGAUACAUUAAUGAACAAGACAAAGCCAGAUUUCUGUCAGAGGAACUUGAGGUUGCGAAAAGAGAACUGGCCCGGUAUAAACUAGCAGAGAAAACAGAAUGUAACCAUGAACAGAGAUUAUUCCAAAAAUUCAAGGAAGAAGCAGCCAAGUCAGGACAUCUUUCAAGGGAAGUAGAUGCGCUGAAGGAAAAAAUUCAUGAAUACAUGGCAACAGAGGAUAUUAUCUGUCAUUUGAGAGAAGACCACACAAUUCUGCAAAAGAAACUCACUCACCAAGAAAACAAAAACAAAGAAUUAGGAAGAGAAAUGGAAAUCCUGUCUAAAGAACUAGAGAGGUACAGGAGAUUCAGUAAAAGCCUUAGACCAAGUCUCAAUGGAAGGAGAAUUUCUGACUUGCAAGUUGUCUCCAAAGAAGUCCAAACAGAACCAUCAGACAAUGAACCACCUGAUUACAAAAGUCUAGUUCCUUUGGAACGAGCAGUCAUCAAUGGACACUUAUAUGAAGAAAGUGAUAAUGAAGAUGAUGACAAUGAUGAUGAGCAACCAGUGUCUUUCAAAUGUAAUUCCUCUGUUCCAAAUGCAGUAAACAACAGCAAACUUUGGAUACCCUGGAUGAAAUCCAAGGAAAGCCAUAUUCAAAAUGGGAAAGUUCGUGCCAAGCAGAAUGGAAACUGCAUUCAGCCUGGGAAUUUAGUUCUAAGCCACAUGCCAGGCCAGCCUCUACACAUAAAAGUUACUCCAGAUCAUGGACAAAACACAGCUACCCUUGAAAUAACAAGCCCUACUACAGAAAGUUGUCAUUCUUUUACCAGUACAGCUGUGAUACCCCACUGUGGCACACCGAAGCAAAGGAUAACCAUAAUUCAAAAUGGGUCUUUAACACCUAUAAAAUCUAAAGUAGCUGAUACUCACUCAAGACCAGAGCAAGCCAUCUCACCUCGAUCUCAAACUCCUGAGUCAUGUAGAUCUGUAACUCCUGAAAGAACAAUGUCUCCUUUGGCUCUUUCAACCUCCUCAAGUUCCCCAGAACAGUUAAUUUCACCAGAGCCCCUGGAAAUUGGUGACAGGCAUACUAUCUUCCGAGUAUCCCCUGAACGUCAGUCAUCCUGGCAGUUUCAAAGGUCUAACAGUUCUGGAUCUAAUGUGAUAACUACCGAGGAUAAUAAAAUACAUAUUCAUUUGGGGAACCCUUAUGUUCAAACUAUUCCUAAUCCCGCAAAAACAGCUCAUCCUUGCACUCCAAUGCAGGAUAACAGAACUCCAGCAUUAACUAAUGGAACACCGGGCAAACAGAUCAACAAAAUCACCAGCAGUAUCACUAUUACUCCAACAGCCUCUCCUCUCCCAAGACAGGCACAAAUUACAAUUGCUGAUGUUUUCCGCCAAGCAAUUCCUACUCGGACCCCUAAACCAACUGCGGUACCUGUGAAGUUAUCUACUGGACAACUCAAGCCAUCAUCACAUCAAGAUAGCAAAGAUGGAAAAUCACAUAUCACCACAAGAGUUCUCAAUGCUGCUAUUCAAAAUGUGGGGAAAACAUAAGAACUGCCUGACGACUUAAUUUUAAGUACUGCUGAUACUCUACAAAAUGACUUCCUGUGACAGAUGCAAGACAAAGCUAGCAUCAACAUCACACAUACACAAAAAAAAAUGUUAGUUUUUACACUGGAAUUACUAGGUAUCAGGGCCUGCUUGCAGAAAGCUUCAGUCACCCACAAUCAAUCCUGGACCAUGUUCCUGAUUUGCUUCAAGUAAUACAUUUGCACAUUCUCCUUUAGCAAAGAUUGGGAAGUGAGGUUUCUAGCUAGUUCAAAUGUUAGUGAUGCACAUAAAUGCAACAACAAGCAUAAUCACAGAAUUCCCAGGCAAUAGUUGCUUUUAAAACUUUCACAAAUGUAUGAAACAGAUAGGACAAACUGAUGGUAAAACUUUGGCUCUGAUAAAGGGAGAAGAAAAUUUUACAAAAGGCUGGUUGGACAAU